CUGCAGCAGGCUCACUUGGCAGCGUUUUAGAUUAGCUGAAGCAUCUUCGAUAAAUUGGCUGUCUUCGGCUGUCAGUUUAUUAGCAGCUUAUCAGCUUAGUUGUCAAGAUGGGUGGCUGUUGGUCAUGUGUGGCCUGCAGGUCUCACCCAGAGGCAGAACCAAAGGAUGAAGAUGAAGAGGGGGCACUGACAGGUCAUCCCAGAAACCCAACCCAUGUUGCACAAUUUUCUGGGGGACUCCCCAAUGUUUUGGGGGACACUCUGGGGAAAGAGCUUAUUGAGGAACCCUCCAUGCCAGAACCCCUUCCAGCACCUCGCAUCACCAACAAGAUCCUGGGGAAAGAGCUCACUGAGGAAUCCUCCGUGCCAGAACCCCUUCCAGCACCUCACAUCACCAACAACAUCUUGCGGGAAGAGCUCACUGAAGAAUCCUCCAUGCCAGAACCCCUUCCAGCACCUCGCAUCACCAACAACAUCCUGCGGGAAGAGCUCACUGAGGAACCCUCCAUGCCAGAACCCCUUCUAGUACCUCGCAUCACCAACGACAUCCUGGGGGAAGAGCUCACUGAGGAAUCCUCUGUGACAGAACCCCUUCCAGCACCUGGCAUGACAAAUGAGAUCCUGGGGGAAGCACUCAUUGAGGAACCCUCCAUGCCAGAACCCCUUCCAGCACCUCAUAUCACCAAUGACAUUCUGGGGGCAGAGCUCUCUGAGGAACCCUCCAUUCCUGAACCCCUUCCAGCACCUCACAUCACCAAAAAGAUCCUGGGGGGAGCGCUCAUUGAGGAACCCUCCAUGCCAGAACCACUUCCAGCACCUGACAUCACCAACAACAUCCUGCGGGAAGAGCUCAUUGAGGAACCCACCAUGCCUGAACCCCUUCCAGCACCUCACAUCACCAACAAGAUCCUGGGGGGAGCGCUCAUUGAGGAACCCUCCAUGCCAGAACCCCUUCCAGCACCUCGUAUCACCAACAACAUCCUGGGGGAAGAGCUCACUGAGGAACCCUCCAUGACAGAACCCCUUCUAGUACCUCGCAUCACCAACAACAUCCUGGGGGAAGAGCUCACUGAGGAACCCUCCAUGCCAGAACCCCUUCCAGCACCUCGUAUCACCAACGACAUCCUGCGGGAAGAGCUCACUGAGGAACCCUCCAUGCCAGAACCCCUUCUAGUACCUCGCAUCACCAACGACAUCCUGGGGGAAGAGCUCACUGAGGAAUCCUCUGUGACAGAACCCCUUCCAGCACCUGGCAUGACAAAUGACAUCCUGGGGGAAGCACUCAUUGAGGAACACUCCGUGCCAGAACCCCUUCCAGCACCUCAUAUCACCAAUGACAUUCUGGGGGCAGAGCUCUCUGAGGAACCCUCCAUGCCUGAACCCCUUCCAGCACCUCACAUCACCAACAAGAUCCUGGGGGGAGCGCUCAUUGAGGAACCCUCCAUGCCAGAACCCCUUCCAGCACCUCGUAUCACCAACAACAUCCUGGGGGAAGAGCUCACUGAGGAACCCUCCAUGCCAGAACCCCUUCCAGCACCUCGUAUCACCAACGACAUCCUGCGGGAAGAGCUCACUGAGGAACCCUCCAUGCCAGAACCCCUUCUAGUACCUCGCAUCACCAACGACAUCCUGGAGGAAGAGCUCAUUGAGGAACCCUCCAUGCCAGAACCCCUUCCAGCACCUCGUAUCACCAACGACAUCCUGGGGGAAGAGCUCACUGAGGAACCCUCCAUGCCAGAACCCCUUCCAGCACCUCACAUCACCAACAAGAUCCUGGGGGGAGCGCUCAUUGAGGAACCCUCCAUGCCAGAACCACUUCCAGCACCUGACAUCACCAACAACAUCCUGCGGGAAGAGCUCAUUGAGGAACCCACCAUGCCUGAACCCCUUCCAGCACCUCACAUCACCAACAAGAUCCUGGGGGGAGCGCUCAUUGAGGAACCCUCCAUGCCAGAACCCCUUCCAGCACCUCGUAUCACCAACAACAUCCUGGGGGAAGAGCUCACUGAGGAACCCUCCAUGACAGAACCCCUUCUAGGACCUCGCAUCACCAACAACAUCCUGGGGGAAGAGCUCACUGAGGAACCCUCCAUGCCAGAACCCCUUCUAGUACCUCGCAUCACCAACGACAUCAUGGGGGAAGAGCUCACUGAGGAAUCCUCUGUGACAGAACCCCUUCCAGCACCUGGCAUGACAAAUGACAUCCUGGGGGAAGAGCUCACUGAGGAACCCUCCAUGCCAGAACCCCUUCCAGCACCUCGUAUCACCAACGACAUCCUGCGGGAAGAGCUCACUGAGGAACCCUCCAUGCCAGAACCCCUUCUAGUACCUCGCAUCACCAACGACAUCCUAGGCGAAGAGCUCAUUGAGGAACGCUCCAUACCAGAACCCCUUCCAGCACCUCGUAUCACCAACGACAUCCUGCGGGAAGAGCUCACUGAGGAACCCUCCAUGCCAGAACCCCUUCUAGUACCUCGCAUCACCAACGACAUCCUGGGGGAAGAGCUCACUGAGGAACCCUCCAUGCCAGAACCCCUUCCAGCACCUCGUAUCACCAACGACAUCCUGCGGGAAGAGCUCACUGAGGAACCCUCCAUGCCAGAACCCCUUCUAGUACCUCGCAUCACCAACGACAUCCUGGGGGAAGAGCUCAUUGAGGAACCCUCCAUGCCAGAACCCCUUCUAGUACCUCGCAUCACCAACGACAUCCUGGGGGAAGAACUCACUGAGGAAUCCUCUGUGACAGAACCCCUUCCAGCACCUGGCAUGACAAAUGACAUCCUGGGGGAAGCACUCAUUGAGGAACCCUCCAUGCCAGAACCCCUUCCAGCACCUCAUAUCACCAAUGACAUUCUGGGGGCAGAGCUCUCUGAGGAACCCUCCAUGCCUGAACCCCUUCCAGCACCUCACAUCACCAACAAGAUCCUGGGGGGAGCGCUCAUUGAGGAACCCUCCAUGCCAGAACCCCUUCCAGCACCGCGUAUCACCAACGACAUCCUGCGGGAAGAGCUCACUGAGGAAUCCUCCAUGCCAGAACCACUUCCAGCACCUCGUAUCACCAACGACAUCCUGGGGGAAGAGCUCACUGAGGAAUCCUCUGUGACAGAACCCCUUCCAGCACCUCGCAUGACAAAUUACAUCCUGGGGGAAGCACUCAUUGAGGAACCCACCAUGCCAGAACCCCUUCCAGCACCUCACAUCACCAAUGACAUUCUGGGGGCAGAGCUCUCUGAGGAACCCUCCAUGCCUGAACCCCUUCCAGCACCUCACAUCACCAACAAGAUCCUGGGGGGAGUGCUCAUUGAGGAACCCUCCAUGCCAGAACCCCUUCCAGCACCUCGUAUCACCAACGACAUCCUGGGGAAAGAGCUCACUGAGGAACCCUCCAUGCCAGAACCCCUUCCAGCACCUCGCAUCACCAACGACAUCCUGGGGGAAGAGCUCACUGAGGAACCCUCCAUGCCAGAACCCCUUCCAGCACCUCAUAUCACCAACGACAUCCUGGGGGAAGAGCUCACUGAGGAACCCUCCAUGCCUGAACCCCUUCCAGCACAUCAUAUCACUAACAACAUCCUGCGGGAAGAACUCAUUGAGGAACCCACCAUGCCUGAACCCCUUCCAGCACCUCACAUCACCAACAAGAUCCUGGGGGGAGCGCUCAUUGAGGAAUCCUCCAUGCCAGAACCCCUUCCAGCACCUUGCAUCACCAACAACAUCCUGUGGGAAGAGCUCACUGAGGAACCCUCCAUGCCAGAACCCCUUCCAGCACCUCGCAUCACCAACAACAUCCUGCGGGAAGAGCUCACUGAGGAACCCUCCAUGCCAGAACCCCUUCCAGCACCUCGUAUCACCAACGACAUCCUGUGGGAAGAGCUCACUGAGGAACCCUCCAUGCCAGAACCCCUUCUAGUACCUCGCAUCACCAACGACAUCCUGGGGGAAGAGCUCACUGAGGAAUCCUCUGUGACAGAACCCCUUCCAGCACCUGGCAUGACAAAUGACAUCCUGGGGGAAGCACUCAUUGAGGAACCCUCCAUGCCAGAACCCCUUCAAGUACCUCAUAUCACCAAUGACAUUCUGUGGGCAGAGCUCUCUGAGGAACCCUCCAUGCCUGAACCCCUUCCAGCACCUCACAUCACCAACAAGAUCCUGGGGGGAGCGCUCAUUGAGGAACCCUCCAUGCCAGAACCCCUUCCAGCACCUCGCAUCACCAACGACAUCCUGCGGGAAGAGCUCACUGAGGAACCCUCCAUGCCAGAACCACUUCCAGCACCUCCUAUCACCAACGACAUCCUGGGGGAAGAGCUCACUGAGGAAUCCUCUGUGACAGAACCCCUUCCAGCACCUCGCAUGACAAAUGACAUCCUGGGGGAAGCACUCAUUGAGGAACCCUCCAUGCCAGAACCCCUUCCAGCACCUCAUAUCACCAAUGACAUUCUGGGGGCAGAGCUCUCUGAGGAACCCUCCAUGCCUGAACCCCUUCCAGCACCUCACAUCACCAACAAGAUCCUGGGGGGAGCGCUCAUUGAGGAACCCUCCAUGCCAGAACCCCUUCUAGUACCUCAUAUCACCAAUGACAUCCUGGGAAAAGAGCUCACUGAGGAACCCUCCAUGCCAGAACCCCUUCCAGCACCUCAUAUCACCAACGACAUCCUGGGGGAAGAGCUCACUGAGGAACCCUCCAUGCCUGAACCCCUUCCAGCACCUCAUAUCACCAACAACAUCCUGCGGGAAGAGCUCAUUGAGGAACCCACCAUGCCUGAACCCCUUCCAGCACCUCACAUCACCAACAAGAUCCUGGGGGGAGCGCUCAUUGAGGAACCCUCCAUGCCAGAACCCCUUCCAGCACCUUGCAUCACCAACAACAUCCUGUGGGAAGAGCUCACUGAGGAACCCUCCAUGCCAGAACCCCUUCCAGCACCUCGCAUCACCAACAACAUCCUGCGGGAAGAGCUCACUGAGGAACCCUCCAUGCCAGAACCCCUUCCAGUACUUCGUAUCACCGACGACAUCCUGGGGGAAGAGCUCACUGAGGAACCCUCCAUGCCAGAACCCCUUCCAGCACCUCGCAUCACCAACAAGAUCCUGGGCGAAGUGCUCAUUGAGGAAACCUCAAUGCCAGAACCCCUUCCAACACCUUGCAUCACCAGUGACCUACUGGGGAAAGUGCUAAUUGAGGCUACCUCAGUGCCAAUCCUUCCAUCCUCACAGACACUUCAAAGGAAGCAGCUUCUGUGUCAGAGCCCUUACUAGAGCCUUCCAUUGCUGAUAAUUAUCUUCAGCAAAAAGUAGAACUCCUCCAAGGGUUACAGCAUGACUAUGUCCAGCAGCAACUGAGGGUUCGCCGCAUUUCCCAACAGUUCCCUCGUUCUCUCCGGGCCAUCAACCUGCAAAUCGGACACAUGCGGACAAGGCUCAUCCGCAGUGAAGUACGGCUGCAGCGGUGGGAAAGGGAAGGUAUGUUCACAGCAUGCCCCUGAAAUUGUUGCUGGGCUAAGAACGGCUCUUUUGUUUAUUUCAUGUUGAAAUGCUUGAUUUGAGUCUGCAUCUAAGGUGUCAGGGGGGAGGCCUGUGAGUGGGUUGUCAGUGCUUGCUGAAGUGUUCCUUCGUUUUCUGUCUUUCAUGUGUCCAAGCUCCAGUGCCUGUAAUCCAAGCAGCUUCUCAGAGUGAGCAGUGAGGGCAAGUGAUGGUGGGUGUGGUAGGAUGUCAGCCUUUGCAGCUGACCUUCUGCUUCUUCUUCUCUCUUGCAGAUGUUCCUGCAGGCCCUGCUGCACUUCUCCAGCCCUCUGGGUCUGAUUCAUCAUUUGCCUCCCUGGAGGUUGCCUCCAUCCCACCCUCCACCUCCACCUCUUCCCUCCUCCUGCAUCCCUCUCCACCUCCUCCUCCUUCCCUACCUCCACUGGAGCCGGACCUCAGCAAUGUGAAAGAAACUCUGCAGAGUUUGGUAGAGAUGCAGGUCCAUCAGCUGCGUGACCGCCAAAGAGACAUCCGCAGCUGCCAGGAAUGCUUACAAAGCUUCAAGGCACUGAGGGGACAGUUGAGGCGGCUAAGGAGCAGACUGGCCAGGGUGGAAGCCACUAUGGGGAUCGUGGUUCCUCCAAGGGAGCUGGACGUUGCUGAGGAAGAAGGGGAAGGCAAAUUAAAAGAGACAACUGUGCUACUAUUUACAUAAGUAGCAAUAAAAUGCUGUGUAUAUAUUUUUAAAAUAUUAAAUAUUUGUUUUAAUAGGAUGUAGAGAUAGAACAGCAAUAAAACUUGCAUAUUUAUUGUUUAAAGAAAUAAAAUGUUUUAUUUUAAAGAAAA